AUGGAGAAAUACAUUAGAGUACAGAAGAUUGGAGAAGGUUCAUUCGGAAAAGCCAUUCUUGUCAGAUCUACAGAAGAUGGCAGACAAUAUGUUAUCAAAGAAAUUAAUAUUUCAAGGAUGUCCAAUAAAGAGAGGGAAGAAUCAAGGAGAGAAGUUGCAGUGCUAGCAAACAUGCGGCAUCCAAAUAUUGUCCAGUAUAGAGAAUCAUUUGAAGAAAAUGGCUCUCUCUACAUAGUGAUGGAUUACUGUGAAGGAGGGGAUCUGUUCAAAAGAAUAAAUGCUCAGAAGGGCAUUUUGUUUCAAGAGGACCAGAUUUUGGACUGGUUUGUACAGAUAUGUUUGGCCCUAAAACAUGUACAUGAUAGAAAAAUUCUUCAUCGAGACAUAAAAUCACAGAACAUAUUUUUAACCAGAGAUGGAACAAUACAACUUGGAGAUUUUGGAAUUGCUAGAGUUCUUAAUAGUACUGUGGAGCUGGCUCGAACUUGCAUAGGAACCCCGUACUACUUGUCUCCUGAAAUCUGUGAAAACAAACCUUAUAAUAAUAAAAGUGAUAUUUGGGCUCUGGGGUGUGUCCUAUAUGAGAUGUGCACACUUAAACAUGCAUUUGAAGCUGGCAAUAUGAAAAACCUGGUACUGAAGAUAAUAUCUGGAUCUUUUCCACCCGUGUCUUUGCAUUAUUCUUACGAUCUCCGCAGUUUACUCUCUCAGUUAUUUAAAAGAAAUCCUAGGGAUAGACCAUCAGUCAACUCCAUAUUGGAGAAAGGCUUUAUAGCCAAACGUAUUGAAAAGUUUCUCUCCCCUCAGCUUAUUGCGGAAGAAUUUUGUCUAAAAACAUUUUCCAAGUUUGGAGCACAACCUCUACCAGCUAAAAGACCAACUUCAGGACAAAGCUUGGCUUCUAUUAUGUCUGCUCAGAAAAUUACAAAGCCUGCUGCUAAAUAUGGAAUACCUUUGACAAAUAAGAAAUAUGUAGAUAAAAAAUUGCAUGAAAGGAAACCACUCCAGAAAUAUAAACAGGCCCAUCAAACCCCACUGAAGAAAGUGAAUCCUGGAGAAGAAAGGAGGAAACUGUUUGAGGAAGCACCAAGAAAAAGAAGAUUGGAAUUGACUGAAAAAGAAAAGAAACCUAAGGAUCAGGUUAGUCUGCUGAAGGCUGAGCAGGUGAAAAGACAGGAAAAGGAAAGGUUGGAGAGAAUAAAUAGGGCCAGGGAACAAGGCUGGAGAAAUGUGCUGAGUGCUGGUGGAAGCGGUGAAAUGAAGGCUCCCUUUGUGGGCAGUGGAGGGGCCAUGGCUCCAUCAUCUUUUUCCUCUCGAGGACAGUAUGAACAUUAUCACGCUAUUUUUGAUCAAAUGCAGCAACAAAGAGCAGAAGAUAAUGAAGCUAAAUGGAAAGGAGAAAUACAUGGCCAGAGGCUUCCAGAAAGGCAGAAGGGGCAGCCAGCUAUGGAAAGAGCAAAACAAGUAGAAGAGUUUCUACAGCGAAGACGGGAAGCAAAGCAGAACAAAGCUCGGGCCGAGGGGCAUAUGGGCAUCCUGCACAACCUGGCAGCUCUCUAUGGAGGCAGGCCCAGCUCUUCACGAGGAGGGAAGCCGAGAAACAAAGAGGAAGAGGUUUAUUUGGCAAGACUAAGACAAAUAAGAUUGCAGAAUUUCAAUGAACGCCAACAGAUUAGAGCCAAGCUUCGUGGUGAAAAGAAGGAAACUGACAGCUCUGAAGAUCAAGAAGGAAGUGAGGAGGCCGAUGUGAGGCGUAAAAAAGUGGAAGCCCUGAAGGCCCAGGCAAGUGCCCGUGCAGCCGUCUUGAAGGAGCAGCUUGAGCGCAAGCGGAAGGAGGCUUAUGAGAGAGAGAAGAAGGUGUGGGAGGAGCAUUUGGUGGCCAAAGGAAUAAAGAACUCAGAUGUGUCUCCGCCUUCAGGGCAGCAGGAAAUGGGGGGUUCUCCAUCAAAGCAGCCAAUGAGACCUGUUAUUUCUAUGACUUCGGCUUUGAAGGAAGUGUGUAUGGACAGAAGUCUAACUGAUGCCCAGGAAACCUCAGAAGAAAUGCAGAAGAGUAACAGUGCUGUUUCAAGUAAGCGAGAAAUACUACGUAGAUUAAAUCAAAAUCUUAAAGUUCAAGAAGAUGAAAAGGGAAGGCAGAGUCGUCCUGAAAUGGGUACAGUAACUGCUCAUGAAGAUAUCAAAGAGCUGGAAAAAGAAAAGUCAGUUUCAUCGGAUCGAAAAAAAUGGGAGACAGGAGGCCAGCUUGUGCUUCCUGUGGAUGAACUGGCCCUGGACGCUUCCUUCUCUGUGACAGAAAAACAUACAGUGGGAGAGGUUAUUAAAUUAGAUCCUAGUGGAUCUCCAAGAAAAGUCUGGGGGAAAAGUCCUACAGAUUCUGUUCUGAGGAUACUUGGAGAAGCUGAACUGCAACUUCAGACAGAACUCUUGGAAAACACAACUAUUAGCAGUGAGAUUUCUCCUGAAAGGGAGAAUUGCAAAUCCUUAAUUAUUGAAGGAGAAAAAGUGAAAUGUAUUUCACUUGAAAUGAACCCAUCAGCUACUGUUGAUUCUUUGGUUGAGACAAACAGUCCAAACAUUAGUGAAGCAUCUCCACAGACAGCAUUGAAACCAGAAGAUUUGGAGGAGCCUGCUGACUUGGAGGCAGAAGUACUGCAGGAGCCAAGUAGAGCAGACAGAGAUGGCGGUUUGCCCCACCCCGUUCUCGACAUGUGGGUCAGUGAGAGAGAAGGAGCAGAGGAGGUUGAGUUGGAAGAUAGGAUCACCAUUCAGCAAAAUGAACUUUCUGAAGAUAAAGCCCCGAGCAGUGUGGAUCACGUUAGUGAGGUUCACGUAGAACCUGGAGUGGAUGAUUCUCCACCCUCUAAGCAUGAUAUAGAUAAAUCUAUGCAACUGGAACCAUUUUUCCAUAAAGUGGUUUAUUCUGAGCAUCUGAAAGCAGGUUCUCAGGUUCAGUCAGUUCUCUGUUCACCAGAAGAAUCCUUUCCACUUCGAUCUCACUCUGAUUCACCACCAAGAAAUAAAAAACAGAAUUCCUUGCUGAUUGGACUUUCAACUGGUCUGUUUGAUGCAAACAACCCAAAGAUGUUGAGGACAUGUUCACUUCCAGACCUCUCCAAACUGUUCAGAACACUGAUGGAUGUCCCCACUGUGGGAGAUGGACGUCAGGACAAUCUUGAAAUGGAAGAUGAGCAUGUUAAGGAAGGACCGUCGGACUCUGAGGACAUUGUGUUUGAAGAGGCUGAUGCAGACUUACAGGAGCUCCAGGCCUCCAUGGAGCAGCUGCUGCGGGAGCAGCCAGGGGAGGACUACAGCGAAGAGGAAGAGUCGGGCAUCAAGACCAGUGAUGAUGCUGAGCAGGCCGCCAAUGGCACAGACGUGGGCGAGGAGGAUGACAACCCCAGCAGCGAGAGCGCCCUCAACGAGGAGUGGCACUCGGAUAACAGUGAUGGGGAGAUAACUAGUGAAUGUGAAUAUGAUAGUGUCUUUAAUCAUUUAGAGGAACUGAGACUUCACCUGGAACAGGAAAUAGGCUUCGAAAAGUUCUUUGAGGUUUAUGAAAAAAUAAAGGCUGUUCAUGAAGACGAAGAUGAAAAUAUUGAGAUUUGUUCAACAAUAGUUCAGAAUAUUUUGGGAAAUGAACAUCAGCAUCUUUAUGCCAAGAUUCUUCAUUUAGUCAUGGCAGAUGGAGCCUAUCAAGAAGAUAAUGAUGAAUAA